UGCCCCGCGCGGGGGCCUGAUCGCUGCUGCGCUGUUGCCUCCGCCGCCGUCGCCGCCGCCAGAGCCUGGGUUGCUGGGGGUGGAUGAGAGGUGGGGCCGUGAGGACCCUGCCGUCUAGGUCGUUGUUUUUCCUGCCUGUGGCGUUUUCCUCCUUCCGUCACACCCUGACGGCCAGGGGGAGCUCCGGGGGACAUGCCUCUCUUCGCCACCAAUCCCUUCGACCAGGAUGUGGAGAAAGCAACCAGUGAGAUGAAUACAGCUGAGGACUGGGGCCUCAUCUUGGAUAUCUGUGAUAAAGUUGGUCAAUCUCGCACUGGACCUAAGGACUGUCUUCGUUCCAUUAUGAGAAGAGUGAACCAUAAAGAUCCCCAUGUUGCAAUGCAGGCUUUGACUCUUCUAGGAGCUUGUGUAUCAAACUGUGGCAAAAUUUUUCACUUAGAAGUAUGUUCAAGAGAUUUUGCUAGUGAAGUAAGCAACGUAUUAAACAAGGGUCAUCCUAAAGUAUGUGAAAAAUUAAAGGCUCUCAUGGUUGAAUGGACAGAUGAAUUUAAGAACGAUCCACAGCUUAGUCUAAUAUCAGCAAUGAUUAAAAACCUUAAGGAACAAGGAGUAACAUUCCCAGCUGUUGGCUCUCAGGCUGCAGAACAAGCAAAAGCAAGCCCAGCACUAGCAGCCAAGGACCCCGGCACUGCAGCCAACAAAAAAGAAGAAGAAGAUUUAGCAAAAGCCAUUGAGUUGUCCCUCAAGGAGCAAAGGCAGCAGUCAACUACCCUUUCUACCCUGUAUCCCAGCACGUCAAAUCUUUUAACGAACCACCAACAUGAAGGCCGAAAAGUCCGUGCUAUUUAUGACUUUGAAGCUGCUGAAGAUAAUGAACUUACUUUUAAAGCUGGAGAAAUUAUUACAGUUCUUGAUGACAGUGAUCCCAACUGGUGGAAAGGUGAAACCCAUCAAGGCAUAGGGCUUUUCCCCUCCAAUUUUGUGACUGCAGAUCUCACUGCCGAACCAGAAAUGAUCAAAACAGAGAAGAAGACGGUACAAUUCAGUGAUGAUGUUCAGGUAGAGACAAUAGAGCCGGAGCCAGAACCAGCUUAUAUUGAUGAAGAUAAAAUGGACCAGUUGCUACAGAUGUUACAAAGUACAGAUCCCAGCGAUAAUCAACCAGACUUACCAGAACUGCUUCAUCUCGAAGCAAUGUGUCACCAGAUGGGACCUCUCAUUGAUGAAAAGCUGGAAGAUAUUGAUAGAAAACAUUCAGAACUCUCAGAACUAAAUGUGAAAGUGAUGGAGGCCCUUUCAUUGUAUACGAAGCUAAUGAAUGAAGAUCCAAUGUAUUCUAUGUAUGCAAAAUUACAGAAUCAGCAGUAUUACAUGCAGUCGUCUGGUGUUUCUGGUUCCCAGGUAUAUCCAGGACCUGCGCAAACUGGUGCCUAUCUGGUUGCAGGAAGCUCACAGAUGAGCCAUCUCCAGAGCUACAGUCUUCCUCCAGAGCAGCUUCCUUCCAUCAGCCAAGGAGCAGUUCCUCCUUCUGCAAACCCAGCCCUUCCUAAUCAGCAGGCACAGGCUUCCUACCCAAAUGCAAUGGUUAGUUCUGUUCAAGGAAACUCAUAUACCGGCCAGGCUUCAAUAUAUAGUCCUCCUGCUGCUGCUGUUGCUGCUGCUGCUGCUGCUGCUGCUGCUGCUGCUGUCCCUGUACCUGCUGAUGUGGCGAUAUACCAGAAUGCAGGACCCAAUAUGUCCCAGGUGCCAAACUAUAGUUUAACAUCAUCAACCCUGCCUCAGCUAGGAGGCAGCCAACAGCCAGCUCAGCCACAGCAACCGUAUUCUCAGAAGGCUCUGCUAUAGGACUUGGUGUUCUUGUGGCACACACCUGCUGAAUGCCACCGACAGUGCUGCGAGAUUCGUUACUAUCCUAAGAUGUUUAUCCUCAGCUUACAGGAACCUCUGGUCAGCAAGCUCAAAUACUCAAGAAGGUUCAGAAAGGUAGAACAGUCUUCAAUUUGCACUGACUCUCUAGAGGUUCACCCUGCCCCGAGAGGAAUGAAAUCACUUACAACAUUUAAUUCCUUUUGUAAUAUGAAGGAUUGUUACAAGAUUAUUGUCUCGUGAAAUUACCUGGUCUGCAAAACGUCCAAAAGUACAAGAACUGUGGCACAUGUUCUGUACAUAUAUUGAUAAUGUAGCCUCAUUAGUGGCCAUAGAAUGACAGUGGUGAUCAUGUGAAUAUAUUUAACACUGUAUUAAAUUAA